GUCGAUUCAAAUCCAAUAUGUCGGAGAAACAGAGGACACCUUGUAAAGUAGAUUAUAGCAAAACUAGAAUGUCUUUAUGAAAACGUUAGCUCGGAUAGUCCAGGUGGAUGAUGAUGUUGACGCGAAGAAGCGUACAGCUUUGGAAAAACGUGACAAAUAGAGUGCGAGCAACGGUUGUUUUGCAAAUAAAAGUCACAAGUAAUGUUCAGUAUUUCUACACUCACGCAGGCCCUCUUCAUUCUGGGGAAUACGAGAUGCAGGAACCAAAGUCAGUUGAUGAAGUUGUAAAUGUCACAUAUAUUGAUCGCACUGGAGACAAAAUAAAAGUUAGAGGGAAAAUAGGAGACAACUUGCUAUACUUGGCACACCGUUAUGGCAUAGAAGUGGAGGGAGCAUGCGAAGCAUCAUUAGCCUGUUCCACGUGUCAUGUCUAUGUUAGGGAAGAUUUUUUGGAAAAGCUUCCUGAACCAGAAGAGAAGGAGGAUGAUAUGCUGGAUAUGGCUCCAUUUCUUCAGGAAAACUCAAGACUUGGUUGUCAGAUCAUACUAAACAAAGAUUUAGAGGGACUUGAAGUAACUCUACCAAAGGCAACCAGGAAUUUCUAUGUAGAUGGGCAUGUUCCACAGCCCCACUAACUAUGAAUUACUUUUAAUAAGGGUAAGGAUGUGUAUUGUAUAAGAUAGCUUAAGUAUCUUGCCAAAAGUGAAUGUACUGUUUAAACAUUUUGAGUGAAAGGAAAUAUAUGUUUCGUCAAUAAUGGAAA